CAUGACGCCCGGCCUGCUAGCGCACACUGUCUCCUUCCUCUCAUGCGAUUUUGCCGUCGCCUUCCUCCCGGCCUCGUACUUUCGCUGCCGCUUCCGCUCAUCAGACGGCGAGCGGCUCGCGAUCACUGCACCUUUGUGCGUUGCGGUGGGUGCUUUCGCUCUGUCCCUCUUCGCCGACCAUUGCGGGACGUGGUUGCGACUGCUGGCCGUGGCCGCGGCGCAGGCCGCGAGCAUCGCCAUCCUCUGGCCCUGGCGCUGGCGACUGGUCGGCGGCUUGCUCGGCCUUUCGGCGGCGGCUCUGACCAAAGCACACGAGAGUGAGCACACGCUCGCGGGCGGAUGCGCGCUCGCAGUCGCGGCUGCAGCUAUCGCCGCUGCCCCAGCCGCAGCUUCGCUCGCUGCCAUGGCCCUCGAGCGCCCGGCUGCCGCUUCGGCGAGCAUUGCUGCCGUCGCGGUCUGUGCGUCGCACGGCAGCGCUGUCUGGCGGGCCGUGCGCCACUUGCUCCUCGUCGAGGAGGUCGGCCUCGCCCACGCGUCCGCGCGCCGCGUCUUGGGCGCCGACAGCCUCGAGACACACCUCUCGACGCUCGCGCUCACCACGCUGCACUGCCAGCUCGCCCUCGGCCAGCUGGGCGUGACGUACGUCAAGGCGGCGCAGCAGCGGAAGAACCGGCGGCCUCGUUCGCGAGGCUGCUUGCUGCUCCUCGCCGGCGGAGGAGAGAGCCUCGCCGCCACGGCCCGCUCCGACCUGACGCUGGACGCGCACGCGGACGCCCUCAAGGAGAGCGUGCACACCAUCUUCUCUCUCGCCGAGCGGAAGCUCUUCUCCCUCCCAAAGAUGGCGCUACUCCCCUCGGUCCUCCUCCGCCACCCGCGCCUCGCCCUCGCCGGGCUUCCGAUCAUCCUCGGCCUCGACGCCGCCAAGUCGGCGCUCCACGCGGCGCUGACCGACGCCUUCGAGGAGCACCGCAAGGCGGAGAAGCGCGCCGACUCGCGCUUGGCGCGCGUGGCGGCGCAGCUGACGGCGGCCGGCUCGCUCGAGCUCGCGCGCGAGCGGUGGGGCGAGGUAGCGCUGCAGGCGCAGGCGGAGGAGCGGUGCAAGCACGUGAUCAACGCGCUGCGCAACUGGAUCGGCUGGCUCUACUGGCAGGACGUCCUUCACCCGUCGAUUGAGGUUGGCAUCGCCUGGCUGCUCGAGGCGCAGCUCGCUUCCGUCCGCCGCAACUCGGUCGAGCUCGUCGCGCUGCACGCGGCGGUCGCCGAGGCGCAGGCGGCAGCUCGAGUCCGCUGCAGCUUCGGUGACGAGCACGGCGGCGACACUUCAGCGACCGUGCGCGUGCGGUGCGAGUUCACGCGCGGCGCUUCUCGCGUGGUCGUCGGCAGCGGCGGGGAGAGCGUCGAGCUCCGCCCGUCGGUCUACGCGCUGUUUGGCCCAAACGGGAGCGGCAAGAGCAGCCUCCUCGCACUCCUCUCCUCGUGCGCUCGCGGCGGGGCCCUGCCGGCCGGGCUGGCGCUGGCCGGCGAGUGCGACGUGACGCAGCGGCUCUACUGCCCGCUCUCCUGCCAGCCCGUCCGCUGGCUCGCCCCCUCCGCCCACCGCAACACCUCGCUGGCUCCGCUGGCGGCGCGAGCCGCGGCACUGCUCACGGAGCUCCACUUUUGGAGCCGGCGCGACGACGGCGCGGCGGCGGGCGGCGGUACGGAGGGCGGCGAGGGGAGGCGGGAGGAGGAGGAGAGCCUUGCUGCCGAGCUGAUGGCGGAGCACGAGGAUUACUGCGGCGCCCUCUCGGGCGGGCAGCGCGCCAAGCUGGAGCUGGUGCGGUCGGUGCUGCUGCGUCCCGUUUGCCCGAGGCUGCUGCUGCUCGACGAGUUCUUCGCGCCCCUUUCGGCGUGGAGCAAGGCGCUCGUGGCGGGCAGGCUGCGCGCGGCCUGCCCCGACAGCGUCGUUGUGGUCGUCUACCACCCAGACAGCAUGCCCGAGGCGGGCGAGGGAGAGGCGGCCGACGCGCUCUGCGAUCUCGCGGGAGGUGCUUUCUUCGACGCGUUCAUGGAGGUGCGCGACGGGAAGCUGCUUCCGCCAAAGCCGUGCCAGGCCGCAGCGAGAAUCGACAGCGAAGCCCAAGCGAAAUAGACACGCUUUGUGUUGGAUAUUAUUGAGGGAAUCG